UAUUUGUGAUAUUUGUAAAAUUUAAAGACUCGAAAUAAUGCCGCAUGGACAUUCCCACGAUCACGGUGGCUGUGGCCACGAGGCAACCGAUGUGGACCAUGCCUUGGAAAUGGGCAUCGAAUACAGUUUGUACACAAAAAUUGAUGCCGAGAACCUCGAGUGUCUGAACGAGGAGACCGAGGGCAGCGGUAAAACUGUCUUCAAGCCGUACGAAUCGCGUCAAGAUAUGAGCAAAUUUGUCCAGAGCGAUGCCGAUGAGGAGCUGCUCUUCAAUAUACCCUUUACCGGCAACAUCAAACUCAAGGGCAUCAUCAUCUGUGGCGCCAACGAUGACUCGCAUCCGAAUAAGGUUAAAAUCUUCAAGAAUCGACCAAAGAUGACGUUCGAUGAUGCCAAGGUCAAGGUGGACCAGGAGUUUGAGCUAACACGUGACCCCCGCGGCGAAAUAGAAUACUCACCCAAAGUGGUCAACUUCUCCUCGGUCCAUCAUCUGACCCUGUACUUCCCCAGCAAUUUCGGUGAUGACAAAACACGCAUCUACUAUAUUGGUCUUCGGGGAGAGUUUAGCGAGGCUCACUAUCAUGGCGUAACCAUUUGCAAUUAUGAAGCCCGUGCCAAUGCCACUGAUCAUAAAGACAAGGUCUUUGAUGGUGUCGGACGCGCCAUACAAUAAAUCAGAGGAUCUGUCUUCAUUUCGGUUAUAGAGUGCUGUAUUUCUGAGUUUCUCUCUAAAUUAUAUUUUGUGAUCAAUUGAAUUAUCAAAUGAAAUAUUUAUAUGUAUAACGUAACUAAUUGAA